UCACUCCAAAUUCAAGAUGGCAAGUGUCACGUGAAGACAUGAUACAUCAAAAGAGAUCAUUCACUAGGAAUAUGUCGAAUGCAUCCAACGCCAGCAAUCUAUCCAUCCAUGCAAAUAUCAAAGCUACGAUAUAUUUGCAAGUUGAAGAAGGCUGGGAGAAGAGAGAAAGCAGUAAUCAGGAACUACUACUACUACAAAAAAAAAAAGAAAAAGAUUUAUCAAAGACUGUAUCGCCUUUGAGUCAUGUUGAUACAUGCGAAUAGUUCAACAUUUAAACUAUUCAAAAGGAACUCGCUUUCAAAGGAACUUGGAGCAUAAAAAUGAAUCUUCAGGAGUAUCGGAAUCAACGUAAAGAAAAAAGAAGAAAAAAAGGUCAUCAUUACAAGGUUGAAAGAACAAUAGUACAGCAAUUGUCAAAAAAAUAAUCCAAGUAACACAAUCAAAGAACAGGAGGAAUGAUCUUUCAACAAAAUAAUGAAAGCUUGCAAUCAAAGACAUCUGCCUUAAACAACAACAACAUCGAUUCAUGUUUUUAUGUUGGAAAUCAGGAUUUCAAAACUCGACUUCAUAUCAUAAGUUUGCAUCUGUAUUUUAACAAUUCGCCCUCGUGUCUUUUCCAUCAACAGGCUAAGCGCACUAAGAAGGUUGGAGUUGUUGGUAAAUACGGUGUCCGUUAUGGUGCCUCGCUCCGUAAGCAGGUCAAGAAGAUGGAAAUCACCCAACACAGCAAGUACACUUGCACUUUCUGUGGCCGUGAUGCCGUCAAGCGCCAGGCCGUUGGUAUCUGGAAGUGCCGCGGCUGCAAGAAGACCAUGGCUGGCGGUGCCUGGACCUUGUCCACCACUGCUGCUGCUACCGUCCGCUCUACCACUCGCCGUCUCCGCGAGAUCAUGGAGGUUUAAGCAAGCCUUAUAUGUUUUCUCAUAUUGGAACACGAGCAGCCUUACUUUCACGAAUAAAGUACCCUCCUUAAAAAAACCAUAUCUAUGUGAAUAAUCGAGGUGCUCUGUCCACUAUUCUAUGAUAUUGUGGGUCAAAUAUGUGCGAGAUAAAAUAUUCAAUCGUGUAGUAUCGGAGUUCCCUUAGAUGUUAGAAGAUUAAGGGGAAUUAAAUAGGCGAC